AUGUCCAUCCCUGGGUCACGGGACGUACCCCGAGUGCUUGCGAUCAUCAAGCACCUCGAAGCAGCACCUGUAUACAGACGCCAUAUUGUACCUCACGACGGGUCUCUGCGCAGGUUGAACUUGAGAAGCAGCAACACCAAGUCAGGCCGAUGUGCUAGCAAGGACCCAGCCCACUUUUUGUGGAUGGCUGACCAUUCAAACUGUCUAUUCAGCGUUCCGUAG